AGAGAGGGAGAAAAAAGGCACCUGAGAGCACCGGGAAGGAGCAGCAACACCUGCAGACCAAGUUCCUUUCCACACCUGUAUGCUUUGAUGCAGAUCUUCUCCAGCUGAGCAUCUGCCAGAGCCCUUGGCUGUGUUGUGCUGCUCUGUGCACCCCUAGACAUGUGGUGACCUACCUGCACAGCAAAGCCCUGUCUGCACCAGGAAGCAAGUGCCACGUCCUCCACUUUGCCUCGCCUCCAGUUGCCUGUCCGUACUGGUGUGGCUGUGCAUGGCAUGGCCAGGGGGAUAUGGGCGUCCUCCCCAAAUCAGAGUGGGCAUCCUGGAGCAUGUUCUUUGAGGGCACCUUCUCCAGCCCCUGGUACAACAAACACAAGACUGAGCUCUUGGGAGUUUUACUUGCUGCUGCCUCAAAUCUUCUGAUGAGCGUCUCUUUGAGUAUACAGAAAUGUGCUCAUCUCCGACUGGCUCGCCAAGCAGAGCUGAAGCCCUUCUACAGGAGUGAGCUGUGGUGGUGUGGAGCUGCCCUGCUUGGCCUUGGAGAGCUGUGCAAUUUCACAGCCUAUGGAUUUGCCCCCAUUGCCCUCAUUGCUCCGCUAGGAUGUGUAUCUAUCAUAGGUAGUGCAUUUAUUUCUGUCUUAUUCCUAAAGAAGACCGUGAGGGCUGCAGAUAUAGUGGGAGGAAGUCUGGCAGUUGUAGGGAUGUACUUGUUGGUGACAUUUGCUCCAAAUGUACCCCAAGAGCUCACAGCAAGACGAAUACAGAAAGACUUAGUGAGCUGGACUUUUUUGGUGUAUGUGAUUUUAGAAAUCAUAAUAUUCUGCAUUCUCCUUUAUUUUUACAAGAUAAAGGCUGUGAAACACGUCGUGGUUUUGUUAAUGAUGGUGGCACUGCUGGCUUCAUUGACUGUCAUCACCGUGAAGGCUGUGGCCAGCAUGAUAAUGCUCUCUGCCAAGGGAAAAAUGCAGCUAACUUACCCUGUUUUCUAUAUCAUGCUCAUCUUAAUGGCAAUUUCUUGUGUUUUCCAAGUCAAGUUCUUAAAUCAAGCAGUGCACCUAUAUGAAGCAAGAACAGUUGUGCCCAUUAACUUUGUGUUCUGCACCACGAGCGCCAUCAUUUCAGGGGUCAUAUUUUAUCAGGAAUUCCAAAGUGCAGCUUUCCUGAGUGUGUUCAUGUUUCUGUUCGGGUGUCUCCUGUCUUUCCUCAGUGUAUUUGUAAUUGCAGUAAAUAAAAAAGAGGAGCAUUUACAAGUUCCUUACAUUGACUGUGGAUGUAUUCCCGGACAAAAAUUGACAGGCAAAAUACAACCAGAUUCUUACGGUUCAUGCUAUGGCACUUUGAAUAAUAAAGAUGACUCCGGGAAAAGUCAAAGCUGAAAGAAGAAGGCACCUUAAGUUCUGCUUAAUGAGAGGAAUGCCACUGGAACAAGAAUCAGCAGCACCUUUUCAUUGGACGUACUCACAUAGACAUUGAGUUCCUGCACGUUGAUGAGUCAUACGUUAUUUAAUGCUGCUUAGUUUAUCCCCUGGCUGUUCCAAAUGUGUUUUGAAGAUAAAGAAAGCCUUAAGAAAAACUCAAUAACCAUUAAUGAAACGGAACAUUCCCAAAGUAUAAAUGCCUCUUAGUAAACGAGUAGGGAUAUUUUUAGACUUUUAAUUGCCUGGAAAUGCAAAUAGGCACAUGACGGGAUUUUUAAAACUUGUUUUUGAAAACCCCCAGAUGUGCAUAGAUGCUUAAGGAGAAAGAUGAGAAACAAAGAGGAGUUUUGUGAGAGACUUCAAAAUUUUCUGCUGUAUAUCUGCUGCCUUUAAAAUUCUGAUCCUGCUUGCGCAAGAAUCAAAACUGCUGGCAUAUAUGCAGUAUGCACAAAACCUGUACACAUGUUUUUACUAUGUGCAGAGGGAAAAUCCUGAUUAUCUUUUUCCAUCAGACUAAUUCUCUUAUCUUCAAAGGACAUAAGCACUUAUCUGAGGUGGGGGAAAGAGAAGAGCAUUUGUCAUAAACCUCGGUGCACAUGCAUGUAUUUGCAAGGUACUGGGCAGUCGUGUCGCAUUUUAUAGCCUUCCCAUGUCUUGUGUACUGGGCUGGACUGGUCAUAUUUUAAAUUAGUCUGGUCUAGUCUGAGGCUUAGCCACUGUUUUUAGGAAAAGAGAGUUUUAAUGAAGGAAGCGCAAAGAGAAAAUGAGGGAUCCAGGCUUCGUCUCUUGAUGUGUAUUCCAACACCCUGAAAAAUCUCUUGUGCGAUAGCUUGAGUGAUAAAAAUAUGUGUAAAAUCUUGGGAACUACUAACCAGGGAGGAGAGGGUCGUGAGACCCUGGCACAGCUGCCCAGAGAAGCUGUGCAUGCCCUUCCCCUGAGGUAAUCAAGGCCAGGUUGGAUGUGGCCCUAGGCAGCCUGAGCUGGCAGGUGGCAGCCCUGCCCAUGGCAGGGGGUUGGAACUGGGUGGGCUUUAAAGUCCCUUCCAACCUAUAUCAUUCUAUGACUAUAUGGUAUUGCAGAAAUACUCCUAAAAUAUAAACUAAAGCAAAUCCUGCACCUUUACUACAUCCAUGGCAUGAGGAAAGCUUGUAAAACAUGGGGUCACUGGAGUCAUGACAGCAGCACAAAUUUUCUUUCAUUACAUGGUAGUUUCUCCACAUUUAUUUGAAGAGAUGACAGCAAUGGGGAACCACAGCAGUGCUCAGGUCUGGGAAGUUGCAGUGUCCCCCCAGUCCCAGCCUCUUGGAAAGAAAACUGCUGCUGGGCAUUAAUGGUGUGCCCAUCCAUUCUGCUGGUAUAUCUGGCCUGCCCUAGCUGACACUGCAAUGCUCACAAACCUCCUCUGAGAAAGAAAGUGCUCUUGAAAAGCAUUCAGUAAUAGCCUUCACAUCUUGGACAAGAUACUUCUUUUGGGAUUGGAUUAAUCUGCUGUAAUGAAUAUGGGCAGUAGGAUGUGCAGAUUUUGUUUCACUGGGAUAUGAUGAAAUGAGAUCUCCCUUUUUCUUUUCCCGAGUAAUUGUUUAUUUCAUUCUAAAAUAGGUAGAGCCAAAGAUCCAUGAGAUGGUUUCACUUCAAACAAAGUGCACACAGCUCUGUAGAUUUUUCUAUACAGCAAUGUCCCAGCUGUGAAAUUUGCAGAGCUGUUUUUUACCACGGAUCUUUUCCAUCUGGCACAGGACAGGGCUCAGUGUCUGCACCUUGCUUGUACCAACUGACUUCCUGCAGCCUUCCUUUACCCUCUUGUAGCUUGAGUUCAAGUUUCUAAGGUUAAGAAACAAAAGGUACCAGAUUCUGUAUGCUUUCUGCAGGGAAUAAGGGCGUAUCUCUGUGCCUCCUAUGCUCCUUGCCUCUUGUAUGUCAAAUGUAAGUAACUUUCUGAUUCUCAAGUGAGAACAUGUGCUAAAGAUGUAAAUAGGAGGCCUAUAGUUUUUCAUUCUAUGACCUGAGGCGUAAAGUGGGACAUGAUUUAUUUUUGCUUCUUGUUAAAAUUAGUGGCCUUGGGCAUCUUUCUGAAAUCUGCCUCUGUGAUUCAGGAGGGCUGAAAGAGGGAUGAAGGAGGGAUCAAUCACAUCCGUGAUUCAGGAGGGAUGAAGGAGAUUUCUCUUCCAAGUACGAAGUGAAAUGUACAAACCCAUAGCAAAAGUUAUAAUUGAUUAUUAAUUUUUUUAUUUCUUCUCAAAUAUCAUAUCUUUCCUUCAUGUGGGUUUAUGCAAAACUGUAAGGGUUAAAAAUGUUUUCUGUAAGCUUGAAUGUAAUUAGAAUUAAUUCAUAGAGGAAAAUUUUGGCAAGAAUUAUGUGCAGUUAAAACUUGUGAUUAGACAUGAUUUUGGAAAUGCGAACAUAUUCCAACAAAUUAACAUAUCACAGGGUCAGAGAAAUGUGGUGAUGAUAAUUUGUUACUGCUCUGCAAAGAAAGGGACAUGAUUUGUUUCAAGAAUCAAUUUCUAAUCAGUGCUAUUUUCAGGGUGGUCAGGCUGCCCAGGGAGCUGGUGGAAUCACCAUCACUGGAGAGACAUGUGGAUGUCACACUGAGGGACGUGGUUAGCGGGCACAGUGUGGGCAUUCGAGGCCAGGCUGGAUGUGGCUCUGGACAGCCUGGUCUGGUGUUGGCGGCCCUGCACAUGGUGGGUGAUUGAAACUGGAUGAUCAUUGUGGUCCUUUUCAACCCAGGCCAUCCUGGGUUGGCUCUAUGAUUCUAUGAUUCUAUGGAUGGGCAGAUGGUUGGACAUGGUGACCUUAGUGGUCUUACUCAACCUGAAUGACUCUGUGAUUUUGUGAUUUGCCUUGUGAUGUUUAGGUGACAAGUAGCACAGAAAUGCUUACUGAAAAAGAGUUUGGCUUUUUUUCACUGGAACACAUAAAAAACCUCCUGAAACCCUUCUCUUUA